AUUCACAUUGAUAUGGAAGGAAAUGCAGGAUAUGAUAUGAUCUUGUUAUUAUGGGUCGUAGAAUUAAGCACGGUUCCUCCAAAUACGACUUUGUCAAGGUGAAGGUAUGGCUGGGCGAACAUGCCGAGCACUACUACGUCUUUUCCAGGUUCUUACUCAGCCAAAAUUUAACUGUUACCAAGAUUCCAAAUCAUAUAUCUAUAAAAAUUGCUCUAGACCUCAAGAAGCUACUUGUAGACAACAGCCUUCUAGAUGUCUCGCAGUCGGAUUUGGAAGAUAACCUGUUUAAGCUUAUGGAGCAAAGGGGUUAUGGGGAAGAUUACGUAAAGCGUUACAGGAUGAUGACCAGAUUUCACCAUCAAAGAGUGCCGCUAGUUAUUAUUGUGUGUGGAACUUCCUGUGUUGGAAAGUCCACCAUUGCUGCCCAAAUUUCACAGAGGUUUAAUUUGCCUAAUGUCAUGCAGACGGAUGUGGUGUAUGAAUUGCUGCGCACAUCGACAGAUGCACCGUUGGCCUCUACUCCGAUAUGGGCAAGAGACUUUAGCUCCUCCGAAGAGUUGAUUACUGAAUUUUGUAGAGAAUGCCGAGUGGUUAGAAAAGGUUUGGAUGGAGAUUUGAAGAAAGCACUAAAAGAUGGAAAGCCGAUUAUAAUAGAGGGGAUACAUUUGGAUCCAAACAUUUUCUUAAUGUAUGAAGAAAAGAGCGACUCACUGGAUCUGAACUCUGAUACCGAUCAGCAUGUUAGCUCAGUAAAAGGAAAAGCACCCUUAGCACCGUUUGGUGGUGCAGGUGAAACUGUUAAGGGUACUGACCCAAUAAUUAUACCUCUGAUUUUGAAUAUGGCUGAAUUUGAGCACCAUGCAUUGCUAGAGGAGUGGAUUUCAUCUUGCACUUGUAGUGAUAGAUGGCAAAUUCAGGACAGGGAUAAGCUGAUAAGCAAUGUGAAGACUAUUCAGGAGUAUCUCCACUCAUUUGAUUCGAAGGGAUUGACAGUUUUGAACCUAUCAGCAGCCACAUUCGCUCAAACGCUAGAUUGGCUACAUGGAUAUCUUCUCGAGUGCAUCGAGCAAGGUAUGCAAUCAGCGUCCAGCGAAAAAGGCCAGCUUGUCUAGAAGGAGACUUUGCAUUCAGAUGUUGGCUACCUGCAUUGAGGCAGGUCUGAAAUGCUGUGAAAGAGAAUUGGACAAUUAUCCGGUAAGGUUUCUGAAAGCUGUGAACAAGAUUGUUGAAGAUCAUUUCAAGUUCAGAAAACAAAUGGAGAGAACAAUCCUAGCAAGAACC